AUGCUUUCGGCAUGGCUACAUCAAGUCAGCUUGGGUGCGAUUCCUGGAAUGAGUUUCAUCAACAUAUUCAAAUCGAUCUCGAAUUUUCAGUUUCCCUAUUCUUUGGAAGAUAAACCAGUUUACGAGAGCACAUUAUGGCAAGUUUUAAACGGUACCAGAAAAUCAGACUCGUCACCUGUUACAGUCUUCAAGGCGAAUAGAUCACAACAAAAUGAAGAUCUCAUUUUGAAUGCUAUUCACAAGGCGAAAGUGCUAAGGAUUCCAGGGUUAUGCCCUGUCUUAGAGACAUUUGAUUCUGAUCCGCAGUCGACAUUCAUUAUUACUGAACGCGUAAAACCGUUUCCCUGGGAUGAUAUACGUGAGCUACAAAGCAACGGUGAAAGUAUACAGCUCGGAAUAUCGCAAUUAUUGACAACAUUGAAGUUCUUGAACGAAUUUGUUGUCGGUACAAUAUCUCGAGAAUCCAUAUUCAUUGAUUCAAAGGGUCAGUGGUUGUUGUUUGGGAUGGAACUAUGCCAAAAGAAAAGCGAGAUUAGUUCCAGAAAAUUUGCUUCAGAUGUGCAGUUGUAUAAUAAAUUGAUGGGACUACAAACUACCACGGAUGAUUUUCAAAGAAUUGAUUCGCUCCAGCUAAGCAAUCUUAUUAUAGAAUUGAUCGGUAGUGCAUCAAAGGUGCCAACAGAUUGGCAAGUUCCGUUGCAAAACCUGUCAAGGACAAGAAUUACCUUUGAUGCUUUCAUGAGUAGAUUGGAAUCAACGAAUACCUGGUUAUCGAAUCCGUUAAUCAGUAUCUCGCAGCAAUUGAAAGAACUGCAUAUCAAGGACCCACAGGAUAAACUCGCUGUUAUGUUACAGAUUCAAUCAAUUUUUUUUGACGCGAGAAAUGUAUUUCAUAAUAUGACACCGGGAUUCAUUGAAGGCUUAUUACUACCAGAACUAUCCAAUAUAAUCCAAUGGCUUAUUAGUACUCAGAAUAGCAGUGCAUCAUCUAUCGCUAGAUUGAUCCCAUUCUUAGCUAUAUUUUUGGACCUGACUAUAGACAAAGAUUUUUUCCCAGAAGCAUCGAAAACUUUGAUAUACGAGUGUUUUGCAUUACCAGAUAGGCAAGUACGGUUUCUUUUACUUAUCUACUUGCCUAAAGUUGCUAAAAAGUUAUCUUCAACUGAACUGUCAGGGAAGAUUUUUCCCAGAUUCGCCCAGGGACUGGCAGAUUCUGACCCGACUUUGCGUUUGCAGACGUUAAAAAACAUUCCUAUUAUUGUCCCUCAUAUAACAGAAAGACAAUUAAACAAUGAGCUCUUAAGACAUUUGGCAAAGACUCAAGUGGAUCAAGAUGUUGACAUACGGACUUGGACUGUCAUAAUUAUCACGCAAAUUGCUACCUUACUCUCGACCUCCUCAGGUAACAGAGCGAGUAUUUUGGCUACUGCGUUUACUAAGUCGUUGAAAGAUCCCAUUAUCAAACCACGUCUGGCUGCUUUGUAUGGUCUCAAAAAGACCAUUGAUCUAUUUGAUGUUACCACUAUAGCAAACAAGAUACUCACGGUGAUAGCUCCAGAAUUACUUGACAAAGAUCCGCUUGUAAGAAGUAAGGCAAAAAAUCUUUUUGAAAAAUACCUUAACAAAUUAGAAAGCGAGGCAAAAUGUAUACAAGAAAGUUCAAAAAGUGUUACUCAAUCAGAGGACAUCAAUUUUGAUGAAUAUGGAAAGAAUGAAGAGAAAAAUGAUGCUGAACUUGUGAAACAAUUCAUGUCAACAGUCGUGAUAUCAUCAUUUCCUGAUCAGUCACCUUCUCCAAAUGUGACCACCGUGGAACCGGCGCCACUAGACGCCUGGGACACAUUUGAUGACGAUAAAAACAAUGAAGGAAAUUCCGAUAGUACCGGUGUACCUUUCUCCACAAGGUCUACUCCAAACAGCCACGGCCACACGUCAUAUCCUUCAAAGGUAACUGUCGAAGAGUCUUGGAAUGAUGAUUUUGAUAAUGAUGGUUUUGGCAAUGAUGAUAGCACUGAUGCCGCCUGGGCAGACGGUGGAAUUUGGGAAGCAGAACAAGAAUCUAAACCGGUGCCAUCCAUCGGGAAACCAGUAAAACCGGUAAAAAAAGUAAGCAUACUAGCAAAUACAAAAACUAGAACGAGCAUACUCACGCCAAGGUCUAAAAGUUCACAGGCAAGCGCGAAAUCUAGAGCGUCAAUCAAGGAUAGACUAAAAGUAAACAAGUCAAUGGAAGAAGAACCUGUCGGUGACGAUGGCUGGGACAAUACAUGGUAA